AUAAAUAGUUAAUAAUACUUUAUAAAAAAUGGGUGUUGAAUUACCACCGCUUGAGUUUACGGAUUGUUUAACAGAUAGUCCACAAUUUCGUGAAAAUUUACAUAAACAUGAAAAUGAGUUAAAUAAAACGAGUCAACAAAUCAAAAGACUCAUUAAAGAAGUAAAAUGUCUUUUAGAUGCUGCAAGAACAUUGUCACGAGCACAACGUUGUCUAUCCGAUAGUUUAAUGCAGUUCAGUUUUGAAUGUAUUGGUGGUUCACAGACAGACGAUGAAUUGGUUAUAUCACAAUCGUUAAAAGAGUUUGGUCGACUGAUUUCAACCAUUGAGGAUGAACGAGAUCGAAUGAUGGAACGAGCAUAUGAUCAAAUUAUAUUACCAUUAGAAAAUUUUCGGAAAGAACAUAUCGGCGGAGUUAAGGAAGAAAAGAAAAAAUUCGAUAAACAGACAACAAAAUUUUGUCAAACACAAGAACGGUGCUUAAAUAUGUCAACGAAAAAACAAGAUGCAGUUUUAAUUGAGGCUGACGUACAAUUGGACAUGGCCGAACGUUAUUUCUGUCAGGCCAGUUUGGAUUAUGUAUUCCGUUUACAAGAAGUACAAGAACGUAAAAAAUUUGAAUUUGUUGAAACAUUAUUGGGUUUUAUGUUCGGUUGGCUUACAUUCUAUCAUCAAGGUCAUGAAGUUGCCAAGGAUUUUCGUCCGUUUAUGAGUGAUUUACAAUUACGAAUACAAAAAACACGUGAAAAUUUUAUAGAAACACGAAAUAAAACAGAAUCAUUAAAGAUAAAAAUGUUGGAAAUGCGACAGCAGAAGGUGGAAGAGCAACCUGGUAAAGUAGCAACAAAAAGUUAUAGUAAAGAAGGUUAUUUAUUUUUAAUGGAAAAGAAGACUUUUGGUACAACCACAUGGACAAAACAAUAUUGUACAUAUCAAAAAAGUACAAAGGAAUUCACAAUGACUCCAUAUAAUCAAUUAAAUCCAAAAGCUGGUGUUCCGCCACCAAUUACUAUGGUGCUAGCAUCAUGUACACGCCGUAUGUCUGACACAAUUGAGAAACGUUUUUGUUUCGAUUUAAGUUGUGAACGUCGACCUGGUAUUAUAUACACACUACAAGCGUUAUCUGAAAAUGAUCGGAAGGCUUGGAUGGAUGUUAUGGAUGGUAAAGAACCGUAUAUAAACUUUUUUCAGACAUAUGCAAAUUCAGCGACACAAAGUAAAGUAAUAAAACCAGAAGAACGAGCAUUAGACGAAGUUGGUUUUCAAUUUGUUAAUCGUUGUAUAGAGGUGCUUGAAAGUCGAGGUCUAGAAGAGCAAGGUUUAUAUCGUGUCGUGGGUGUUACAUCUAAAGUUAAUAAAUUAUUAUCAAUGGGUUUGGAUCGAAGGAAAAUUGAUAAAUUAACAAAUUUAGAUGAUCGUCUUGAAUGGGAAAGUAAAACAAUUACCAGUGCUUUAAAAACGUAUUUAAGAAAUCUUCCAGAACCUAUCAUGACGUUUAGGUAUCAUAAUGGAUUUAUUGCUGCUGCAAAACAAGAAACCAGACAAUUACGUUUAAAUGAUGUUCAUACUUUAAUUCAUAGACUGCCAAAACAAAAUAUAGAAAUGUUAGACAUAUUAAUAAAACAUUUAAAAAAUGUUGCAGCAAAAAGUGAUAAAAAUUUAAUGCCUGUAAGUAAUUUAGCUGUAUGUUUUGGACCAACAUUGUUACGACCAGAAGAAGAAACAGUCGCGUCAAUAAUGGAUAUAAAAUUUUAUAAUGUUGUUGUGGAAAUUUUAAUUGAAAAUUAUGAGAAAAUAUUUAAAAGUCCACCAGAUCCUCCUGAAUUACAAUCAACAACAAAUCAAACAACAAAUGACUUAAUACGUGGUUCAUCGCCGUCAACGCACCAUCACCAACAGCAAUUGAAUACAAAUAAUUAUAUUGUAAAUAAUUCACAUCCACAUCGUAAUAAUAGUACUUCUAACAUCAUAUCCAAUCAACAACAACAAAUUCAAACGCACAAUCAAAGAUAUAAUCAUUCACAUACAUCGCCACCUGUUACCCAUGCUGUGAUAAAAACAUACUAUGAUGGACCAAUACCAUUAAAUAAUAUGUCGUCAAGUUUACAUAAUGUGACAAGUACUAGUGGUGGCAUGGGUGAUGGCACCCAAUUAAUUGGUGGUGAACGUGAAAUGAAUGGUGGCAUAUCAUCGUCAUAUGUAGGCAGUAGCAGUAGUGGUGGUCUUAUGUCACAUAGUGAACAUUUAACUUCUGGCAGUAAUAAUCAUCAAUCUGCUGGUGGCGUAAAUCGGGGAAAUAUUAUGCACCAGCGUAUUAACACCAACAACACAAUGUCUGCAUAUUCGGAAAGUAAUCUGCACAAUAUGCACGGUUACAGUCCUGCACAUAAUAAAUAUAGACCACCUCCAUUUCAUAAUAGUGGAUUGAACGAUAUACGAAAUGAAACUUUAAACAGUACUAGUAGCUCUAAUGAAUCAGUAUCAUCAAUGUCACCGCGUGAACGUGAUGGUAUUAGCAACAGUAAUCAUAGUCAUAGUGGAUCUAUAGGAAUAGGAUUAUAUAGUUCACCGCAAAAAACGAAACGUGGUAACAAUACAAUGGGUACACAUUAUGCCAAAAGUUAUCGACCACAUGGAUCAGUGAGUAUUCAUUCAUCAUCACCAUCUGCUAGCGGCAGAUCUAGUCCAGCUAAUUUUAGUGUAAGAAGGGUGCGCACGUUAUACGCGUGUUUAGGCGAAAAUGAUGGAGAAUUAUCAUUUGAGCCAAAUCAAAUUAUUACAAAUGUAAAAAGUUCACUGGAACCAGGAUGGUUGGAAGGCACAUUAAAUGGUAAAACUGGUUUAGUUCCCGAAAAUUACGUGGAAAUGUUACCUUGAUUUAAGCUUAAACAAUUCUAUAAUACGUAACAAAAUUAAUAUAUAAAAAACAUUAUAAGCAAUA